AUGGACACACAUCACACCUCUCUACGCCAAGAGUUUAGACAAUCAGUAGCUGACCUGAAAAGGGAAAUAUCAUCAGUGAAUGAACGUACUGAAAACUUAGAAAAGAAGCAUGAAGACCUAGCUCUUGAUCACUCCAACCUCCUUGCAUAUUCUCAAAACCUAGCAGAAAUGAUCACAGAAUUGGAAGGCAAACUAGCAGACCUUGAAGAUAGGUCCCGCCAAUUAACAGGUCACAGUGUUGUAAAUCUACACACAGGAGCACAUAGAGAAAUUGUACAGAAUAUUCAGCCAGUGAAGACCCCAUCAGACGUCUCUGCAGAACUAACAGGUCACAGUGAUGAAAAUCUAGACACAGGAGCACAUAGAGAACUUGUACAGAAUAUUCAGCCAUCAGAUGUCUCUGCAAAUGACAUUAAUACUGACGUAGAUGUUAAAACAGAAAAUAUGAGUGUAACGUGUCAGCUGGAAGCUCCAAUGCAGGAAAUGUGUGACAGUGACAAUGAAGGUGAAAACGAUGCUAAGAUUUCAUGUAACAUGGAAAAAACAGAAUAUCAGUGGCUAAGAAAUAUGCCUGAACCUGCAGAGCAGGAAAUUUGUGCCAAUUUAAGUACAGGUGAAUUCACAAACUGCAAUAAUCCUAGUCAUGAUCAGAGUGCAGAUGCUUAUUUACAUCUUCUUCAAAAUCAAAGAAGCCACAUGGGAAAUGUAUAUUCUGAGUUUGGGGAAGGUUUUCUUAAGAAAUCACAUCAUCUUAAACAUCUAAAAAUUCAUACAGGAGAAAAUCCAUUUUCUUGUCCUAUAUGUGGGAAAUGUUUUAACCGCAAAAACAUUCUUGUUGCUCAUCGGAAAAUUCAUACUGGAGAAAAAGGAUUUUCAUGUUUUGACUGCUGCCACUUAUUUCUGCAGCUACUGACCCCUCCUGAAAAAUCUGACACAUUGGAAAACUACAGCUUCAUUGCUAAGACGCUUUUUGAAGCACACUUAUCGAAUAUUGUUGUGGGGUGA